UAGUGUGGUUGUUAUUGAAUUCGACCAGGUCCAUCGCUUCAUGAUGCCCUCUUUCGAGUGUAUAUAAGCCUGAUGCUUUCUCGGUAACAUUGAAAGAAAAAAAGACUCUCCAUCAUCAUCAUCAUUCACACAACAAUAAGAUACCCACUCUCCAAUUACACACUCACACACAAUCCUCUUUUCUUCCUCCUUCUUCAAUAACCAUCAUGUCUGUCCCAACCGAGCAAUGGGCCCAGGUCCUCGAGAAGACCGGCGGCAACAUCGUCUACAAGAAGAUCCCUGUUCCCAAGCCUGGUCCCGAUGAGGUCCUAGUCAACAUCAAGUACUCUGGUGUGUGCCACACAGACUUGCACGCCAUCAAGGGUGACUGGCCCUUGGACACCAAGAUCCCUCUCGUCGGUGGCCACGAGGGUGCCGGUGUUGUCGUCGCCCGCGGCGAGCUCGUCAAGGACAUCCAGGUUGGCGACUACGCCGGUAUCAAGUGGUUGAACGGAUCGUGCCUACAGUGCUCUUUCUGCCGAACUGCCAACGAGCCUCUCUGCCCUACCCCCGACCUCUCUGGUUACACAGUCGACGGCAGCUUCCAGCAGUACUGCAUCGGCAAGGCGGCUCACGUCGCCAGGAUACCCAAGGAAUGCGACCUAGAGGCCAUCUCCCCAAUUCUAUGCGCCGGUAUCACCGUCUACAAGGGACUUAAGGAGUCAGGUGCCCGCCCUGGUGAGUACGUCGCCAUUGUCGGUGCUGGUGGUGGUCUUGGUAGCAUGGCUGUGCAGUACGCCCGCGCCAUGGGUCUCCACCCCAUCGCCAUUGACGGUGGUGCCGAGAAGGAGAAGAUGUGCAAGGAGCUUGGUGCCGUUGCCUACGUCGACUUCAUGACCAGCAAGAACAUUGUCGAGGACGUCAAGAAGGUUACCCCUGAGGGCUAUGGUCCCGAGGCUGUCCUCCUGCUCGCUGUCAACGAGAAGCCCUUCCAGCAGGCCGCCGAAUACGUCCGCCCCAAGGGUACCAUUGUCUGCAUUGGUCUUCCCGCCAACGCUUUCUUCCGUGCCUCCGUCUUUGACACCGUCACUCGCAUGAUCAACAUCAAGGGUAGCUAUGUCGGUAACCGCCAAGACACUGCCGAGGCCAUCGAGUUCUUCCGACGCGGCCUCAUCAAGGCCCCCUACAAGGUUGUCGGCCUCAGCAAGCUGCAAGAAGUCUUCGACCUAAUGGAGGCUGGAAAGAUCGCCGGACGAUAUGUCGUCGACACCAGCUGCUAAGUGUAUCAUAUAAGUCUAGUUUUGGUUUAGGGGAUAUUCCGGAUCAUUUUGGCUUAGAAGCGAUACCUUUAGGAUAAUGAAUGAAAAAAA